AUGAGCACUGACGACGCCUCCUCGCUCAAUCCUGCGGCUGCCGAUCUCGAUAGCCUGGUCGCUCCGGAGGAUGCCGUAGCUGCUCCCGAAGGAGAGACCAAAGAGCUGGCGGCCUUCACCAUCUCUGUGAAGACUCUGCACGGAGGGAGCGUGUCGCUGCAGGACGUGAGGCAGUACCUCUUUGAAACGCCGGAAGCCUCCGACCUCACCUCCUACACGCUCCUGCUCGAAGGCAAGCCCAUCAACGACUAUGCCGAACUGUCCGAACUUCCUCACUUGAGGCCUGACUCCUCUUUGGUCAUGGCGCCGGCGGCGUACAACAAGCGGACGUCGUUGCUGCACAUCAGGCGGCUUCGGGAGAUUUUGAGUUUCCAUCUGGUCAACUUUGCCAACACGCCCUCUCCUUCGCUCUUCUCGCACUACUGCCCCGCCGAUGAAGAGGAGGAGACUCGCGAGCCUGCUGUGGCGGACCAGGGCACGGCUGCCAAGGGGAGCAAGCCCGCCGGCGGGAAGAAGAAGAACGGCGGAGCGCAAAAGCCCAAGGCUGGCGGCAACGAAAGCGGCAACAGCUCCAAGGCGGCGGCCACCACCGCCAAGGGCAAGCGCAGCGAGGAUCUCGUCGACCUCAAGUCUCCCAUGUCACUGCAGAGCUUCUACCCGAGCGUGAGCGCAAGCGAGCCCCAGUGCGUGAAGAGCAUCGAGUUUGCUGGCUGGAACCCUCCGCCCGGCAACCGAGCCCUGUUGGGUGAUCUCUACUACCUGCAGGUCACUACCCUCGAGGGUGCGACCAUUUUCAUUACUUCGUGGACCCAUGGCUUCUACGUGAACUGCUGCACCGAGACGACCUUCAACCCGAAGCCCGCUCCCAAGUCCUGCUCCUCCCACAGCUUGUCGGGCGUACUGUCGCAGGUGAGCCCUCAGUUCAAGAAGAACUUCCAGCACGUGCUCAAGAGUGGCCAGUUCGGGCGCCACCCUUUCGAGCUCAUGCCGGUUCCGAUCCCGCUCACCCCGUGGGUGGGCCUCGACACGCCCCACGUGAACGACAAGAACCGCGCCGAAUACGCUGUCCUCUACACCGAGAUGGACUUCGCCGGCAACAUGCGCGACUGGAACGAAGAGUAUCAGGCCUGCAAAGAGUUGCCAUCCGGUACCGUCCAGGAGAGAAUCAUCCGCGAUCGUGCUGUCCUCAAGGUCCACAACGAUUUCGUUGACGCCGCCACGCGUGGCGCCAUGUAUCCCCCGACGCCCACCACAAAGGACGCGGCCAUCAAGGACGAGGACAAGGACAAAUACGCCGAACAGGCCACCUACGUGUCUGCCAACAACGACCUCAAGGGCAUCAGGCUGUACAACGACGCCGACGUGUCUGGCCUCGGAACAGUGCUGACAGCCGUGGUGGACUAUCGCGGCUACCGACUUCUGGCGCAGAGCCUCAUUCCUGGCGUGCUGCAGAGAGAGGAGACGAACCUGGCCUACGGGUCGAUGGACAACGGUAAGACCGUCCACGCCGACCCGCAGUUCCACGAGCUCAUGCGCAAGGCCGCCCUGCACAUGCACAUCAAGGAACACGAGCUCACCGACGGAUCGGGCAACACGGCCCAGUUGGCGUGCCCCAUCAACGCCAAGGGCAUCGUCGGCACGGAUGGACGCCGCUACCUCAUCGACCUGGGCAGGGCCACUCCUCUCGACACCAACUGGAGCGAUGCACCCGUUGAGACCCAGCAAUCCGAGGAAUCCGGGCUGGUGCUGCAUCCCUCGAGCGAGCCUCUUCUCCGACCCGAGCUGGUCUCGGUCUUCUGCGACGCGCUGGAACUGCGUCUCCAGCACCAGGGAGGCGACAACCCCAACCUCACCAUCGUGCUCAAGGAGGAGGCGGCCGCAGCGGAGGGCGAAAGCGCCAAGGCCACCACCAUCGACCUCUCCUCGGCCGUCAAGGUCAUCCACGACGAGCCCGCUACUGCCGGUUCCGAGAAGCUCGUGAGCGAGGAGGUCGAGCAACCGUCCGCCACAGUCACCAAGGAGACCAAGGAGGAGGAGGAGGAAACCGAAGCCAAGGGCCAGGCCGAGGCCGAUGCGGCGGCGGCGGCGUCGGAGGAAAAGAAGGACGGCAAGCGCUACGUCAUCACCAUCAACCCCAACGUGCUGCACGCCCACGCCAACUUCACGCUCACCGCCCCCAAGGAAGAAACCGAGAAGGACGAGGCCCUUGUCAAGACCCUCAGCGCCUUCCUCAAGGACAGCAUCCUGCCCCGCAUGGCCGAGGAGUUUGUGCACCUGCUCUCUACGCCCGUCGAUGGCCAAACGCUGGCGUCGAUCAUGCACAGGAACGGAAUCAAUCUGCGCUACCUCGGCCGCCUCGCCAACCUCUGCAAGGGCCGCCCGUUCCUCGUGCGCCUCUGCGAGCAGGAGAUGAUCGUGCGCGCGGCCAAGUAUGAGUUCAACCGGUAUCUGCGUGAGACCGAGGACCACCUGCUGAGCUUCGCCAUCUCCCACUUCCUCAAUUGUCUCUUUGGCGACGCCAAGGCUCUCCCGGAGGGCGUGGACCUCCACACUUUCGAGGACGACGCCACCGCCCCGGAUGGUGCGUCUGGCCAUUCCAACGGAGUUGCCACCACCACCACCGGCGGCGGCGGCGGCGGCAAGAAGAACAAGAAGAACAAGGGCAAGGGCGGCGAAACGGCGCACAAGUCGCUGGCCACUCUGCCCAAGGCCAAGAUCUUCGCCCUCACCUCGCAGCAGCUGUGGCAAACCCUCCAGCAGCUUGUGCAGAAGCGGUUCGGCUACGACAUCUCGCUCAAGGGCGGAGCCGUCAUCCCACGGAACCCUGCCGGAGUGGACGAGGCGACGCUGAACACCCGCCAGCGACUAAGGUCGUUGGCCGGCGUGCGGUCGUUCUGCCAGAAGGUGGGCAUCCAGGUCGUGGCGCGCAACUACGAGCUGUCCUUCAACGAGCCCUUCAAGCGCAGAGACAUCCUCGACGUGUUCCCUCUCGUCAAGCACCUCAACCCCAAGAGCAAGGACGGGCAGCAGCUGCUGGACGCCGGCAAGGUGUUCCUGGGCCAGGGGCGUCUGGACGUGGCCUUCGAGCUGUUCAACGAGGCCCUCGCCAUCUUCCACCAGGUCUACGGACCCCUCCACCCGGACACCGCUCUCUGCUACGGGAAUCUCGCGAUGGUGCACUACCAUGCCAACGACACAGCGCAAGCUCUGGUCCACCAGAAGAAAAUGGUGAUCAUCAAUGAGCGCGUGCACGGCCUCGACCACCACGACACCGCCCACAGCUAUGGUAAUCUGGCGUUGUGCCUCCAGCGCGCCCACUACCUGGCGUCGCUUGUCUGCGGACCCCACCACCCGGACUCUCCCAACACCCUGAUGCACAUGGGCACCAUGUACCAGGACAUGGGGCGUGCCGAGGUGGCGCUCAAGUACUACCAGGAGGCCCUCAAGAGCAACCAGUACUUCUUUGGCACCGAGGAGAACCUGCAGACCGGCCAAAUCUGCCACUGCAUCGCACUCGCGCAUAGCACACUCGACAACUUCAAGGAGGCCCUCAACUGGGAGAAGAAGAACUACACCAUCCUCUCCAACCUGCUCGGCGAGAAGGAUUUCCGCACCAGCGAGUCCAACAUUUGGCUCAAGCAAUUCACCCGCAAGGCCGUCCAGAUGCAGAUCGAAGCGAAGAAGGCCCAGCGGGACAUCACCAGCAACCUCUCCCAAGAGAAGUUCGAGAAGCUCACCCAGCAGGCCGGCGCCGCACGCGCCUCGGCCGGCGGCAGGGGCAAGAAGCCUGCCUCGUCAUCCCUCCCUUCGGCCGCCCAGGCCAAGCCGGCCUUCAAGAUCUGA